AUGACUGAAAGAUACGAUUCAAAUGGAGAAUACUACACUGACAACUUCAAAAGGAAAGCAUCAGAAACCAAUUACAAUAAUGAUAACGCAACGGGUGAUACUGAAGAAAAUAAUCAGCAAAACCAAAAGGCCAAUGAGUAUGUUAAGGAACUUCUUGCCGAAAAACUAUUAUUGGACCAGAGCAAAUUCUCAAAUGCGGCAAAAUUAAUAGACCAAGAGGUUUCUAAAGUUCAGCAAUUAGGUAGAGUCCCGAGAGAUAACAAGUAUGUGGAUAUCUACAGAGAAAAGCCUAUUAAGGUUACUGUGAAGGUGUUAGUACCCGUAAAAGAACAUCCAAAGUUCAAUUUCGUUGGGAAAUUGUUGGGACCAAAAGGAAAUUCAAUGAAGAGGCUUCAAGAGGAGACCAUGUGCAAAAUGGCUGUACUUGGUAGAGGGUCUAUGAAAGACCGCAACAAAGAGGAAGAGCUAAGAACCUCUUUGGACCCCAAAUACAGUCACUUAUCUGAUGAUCUGCAUGUUGAAAUAUCUGCACUGGGACCACCAGCAGAAGCUCAUGCUAGAGUGGCUUUUGCUCUAGCAGAAGUGAGAAAAUACCUUAUUCCUGACAACAAUGACUUCAUCAGGAUUGAGCAAAUGAGAGAGAUGGAAAUAAUGGUGGGUGAUCCUCAUGAACACCCCCAUCAUGAGGACAGAGAAAUGAGACCAAGAAGACCUCCACCUCAAAUGAUGAGAUCCGGGCCCCCACGAGCUGCCCCGCGCGCUCCCCCACCACCUUCUAUGCGCCCCUCCGCCUCUGGAGGAGUGGGAGGAGGCCGACCCGCCUCUCAACCGCGCGGCGUCAUGCCCGCCAAGACGAAGAUCAUGUCGAUCUUGGAUAGGGCGCGUGUCGCCAUGGAGGAGAGCUACGGAUACGAGGAGGAGCAGUAUGAGGGGGGAGCUGGGGGCUAUGAGGAGUAUGUGCCUAGAGGAGGCGGAGGAGGAGGGUACGGGAUGGGAGGAGGUGGUGGUGGUGGGGGGCAUCACUAUGUGGAGCCAGAGUAUGAAGGGGAUUACUACCGGCAGAGUGCUUCUAGUUACGGUUUCAGGACAUUAUAUCCAUUGCUUGUGGUUACUGUGCACAAGCAUUAUAAUAGAGACUUUAUGUGCCAUAACUGAAAAUCAAAUACUAGCAGAGCAUGAAUAUUCGAAAAACUCUGAAUAUGUUGAUGUAAACUAUGAAUCAAAACAGAUGUAUAGUGCUGAUAACGAAAACUUAAAAUAUUCAGGACUUGCAUCGUCGUCAUGCCAGUCAAAUGAUUACAUGACUUCACUAGAGUAUUCAGUUAAUAUCCCAUGUUUUCAAGAAAUUCCAAAGUGUGAGAGUGAGAAUAUAUCAUUUAGUUUCCUAACAAUGAUAGUGAUAUUAAAAAAAUAUAUUUUUCACAAUGUAAGUAGUCAUUACCGUGACUGGCAUUCCGUAAAUAAACCACAACCGUAGUCACUAGUAGAUAACCACUGUCAAAAUUGUUGGUACCGGCCCUGAAAGCAUCGGUAACCUGGAUUAAUUAACAGAACAUAUCCAUACUAGAGACAAAUACAAGGACAAAUAUAAUAUGAUCAGA